AUGGUUCGAGACUCAGAUCCACCAGCUACACAUGGCACUACUAUUCUACUUCGUUUUAAUUCGCGUGACCGUUGCGAAAUGGCGCAGCAGCUGCCCAUACAGCUCACCCCGAUCGUAAAUCUGGGGGACAUUGGGGUAAAGAGCGCCUCUUUUAGGUUUGGCAAUGUGGCGGUGGAAGGAGACAAGCAUUUGGUGGUUCGUGAUGUGGAGAGCAGUGAACUGUACUUUGUGUCGAUGAACCUCAAGGAUGCUUUGGAGGCUCCCGGUGGCCCCACUGCAUACUCCGUGUCAAAAAAGCCGACGCAAGCGGAGGCGGCGCUUCACCACCCCACGGAUCCCAUAGUGGCUCUAAGGGCGAAGGCGGAGUGUGCGCAGCAGUUAGUGCAGGUUUUGAAUCUGGAGACAAAAGCGCGGAUGGGUACGGCUCCAAUGUCGGAGCCGAUUGUAUAUUGGCGUUGGGUGGCGCCCCGAAUCCUCGCCUUAGUAACGGACAAAGCCGUCUGGCACUGGACGCUGGGAGAGGGGGCGGAGGCGUCAGAACCCCAGAAGAUUUGUGAGAGGGAGGGCCGACUCGCGGAGGGUGUUCAGAUCAUCGGCUACGCUACAGACAAGGACAUGAAGUGGUGCGUUCUGACAGGCAUCAGUACCCAAGAUGGGGGAAAGACAAUCGACGGCUCGUUGCAGCUGUACUCAAUGGAGCUGAAGAAACACCAACAGCUCGAGGGGCACGCAGCCUGCUUCGGGGGGUUAGUGGCAGACGAGGCUGUGGGCCCACAGCCAGUCAUUUGCUUCUCCGAGAAGAAGCGGGGAAGCCCAGAAUUUAAGCUUCACAUAAGGGACCUGGCGCCAAAGAGAGAAGACGGCAAAGCCCCCUUGCGCGUGUGUACAGACAUCGCCCUGUCUCCUGAUGCUCCCUCAGACUUCCCGCUGGCUGUUCACCUAAGCAAGAAGCUUGGCCUUGUUUUUCUGGUAACCAAAGGGGGCUUCCUGCUAUUGUUUGAUGGCCUCACGGGCACUCAACUGUUGAGGCACCGCAUAUCGCAAGACCCCGUAUUCCUUACAUCGGACUCGCCUCAGACGGGGGGCGUUAUUACUGUCCAUAAAAAAGGCUUGGUUGCUCUCACUACAGUUAAUGUCGGCCUUUUGGGACCCUACAUGCAGCAUGCUUUGCCCCAGCCUAACAGAGCACAGAUCUACCUCAGUCUUGCUAAACGUUAUGGCCUUCCUGGAGCUGAUGAGACCCUUGUUCAGGCGUUCAACCAGCACUUCGCCAGCGGUGAUUACAGGGGAGCCGCACGCAUUUGCGCCACUCUGAAAUCGGGGCGGCUUCGGACCCCCCAGGUUUUGCAGCAGUUUAAGGGGGUCCCUGCACAGUCGGGACAGACUUCCGCUAUCUUGUUGUAUUUCUCCACUCUUCUUGAGUAUGGAUCUUUGAAUGCGGUAGAGAGCUUGGAGCUUGUGCGCCCUGUGGUGGCUCAAGGUAGGAAGGACUUUAUCACAACUUGGCUGAGAGAUGAUAAGCUCGAGUGCACCGAGGAACUAGGGGAUGCGGUGAGACCUCUCGAUGUAGCGCUUGCAACUCAAGUGUACAAGAAAGCGAGAGCAGGCCAAAAGGUCAUGCUUAUGCUGAUGGAGCAAGGCAAGACCGACGAGCUGUUGGAGUAUGCCACGCAAACCCGCAUGCAGGCGGACUAUUCUGCCUUGCUGCGGUCGAUGCUGACGACCAAUCCAGAGGGUGCUGUCGCGUUCGCCCAGAAACUUUUGGCGACAGACCCACCGUUGAUUGAUCCGAACCAAGUGGUGGAGGUGUUGUUGCAGCAGCAGCGCUUCCAAGAGCUUUCGUCAUUGCUACUGGAAUACCUGAAGGGAAAUAAGCCAGAGCAGGGGCCCCUGCAGACUCGUCUUUUCGAGAUCAACCUGAAGCAUUCCCCGCAGGUUGCAGAGGCCAUAUUUCAAAUGGACAUGCUGACACACUACGACCGGCAGAAAGUGGGGGCCUUAUGUGAAGCUGCAGGACUGUACCAACGAGCCCUUGAGAACUACACUGAGCUGGCUGACGUGAAGCGCGUACUGUUGCAAACAGGAGGAAAGAUAUCGCAGGAGUGGAUGGCUCAGUUUUUCGGCCGCAUGUCACCGGACAUCUGUGUCGAAAUCUUAACCGACAUGCUUCGCUCCUCCUCACAGAAUCUGCAGGCUGUUGUUGGUGUCGCCAUCAAAUUUCAUGAGCAGUUGGGAAUGGAGAGACUGAUCGCCAUGUUUGAGCGCUUCAGUAGUUACGAAGGCAUAUUCUAUUUCCUGGGCUCCAUCCUAGCGUUCUCCACUGACCCAGAAGUGCACUUUAAAUACAUAGAGGCGGCAGCAAAGCUGAACCACACUCAAGAGGUGGAGCGGGUUUGCCGGGAAGGCAAGUACUACGAACCCCAACGUGUCAAAGAGUUUCUCAAGCAAGCACAGCUGAGCGACCCGAGGCCCCUAAUAUACGUGUGUGACUUGCACGGCUUCGUUGGUGAGCUGACAGAGUACCUUUAUAAGCAUUCUUUAUUGAGGUACAUUGAAGUGUAUGUUUCCCGGGUGAAUUCGGCAAACGCCCCCUUAGUAGUUGGUGCAUUGGUUGAUCUGGACGCCCCGGAGGACUUCAUCAAGCAGCUGUUGCAGGCUGUCCGCGGGAACUGUAACGCGUCUCAGCUAGUGGAGGAGGUCGAAAAAAGGAACAGGCUGAGGCUGCUAUUGCAGUGGCUCGAGCAGCGCGUUGCCGAGGGCAGUCAGGACCCCGCCGUCCACAAUGCCCUAGCUAAGAUAUUUAUCGACACCAAUCGCGAUGCUGAGAAUUUUCUAAAGACGAAUGCUUUUUAUGACUCAAUGGAAGUCGGCAAAUAUUGCGAAGAGAGGGACCCGCAUCUGGCUUACAUUGCAUACAAAAGAGCUUGGGGACCUUGUGACACCCAACUCGUCGAGCUGACAAACAAGAACGGUCUCUUCAGGCUUCAGGCUCGAUAUCUUGUGGAGCGCCAGUGUGCGGAGCUGUGGGCCUACGUGCUGAGACCUGAGAACAGUUACCGGCGGUCGGUGAUAGAUCAGGUGGUCUCCUCAGCCCUUCCCGAGUCCUCAUCUGCUGAUGAGGUGUCGGCAGCUGUAAAUGCCUUUAUUAGCGCUCAGCUGCCACAGGAGCUCACGGAACUGCUUGAGAAGAUAGUGCUGCAUAACAGCGACUUCAGUUCGAACCAGAACCUGCAAAAUUUGUUAAUAUUGACAGCCAUUAAAGCAGAGCCUUCACGGGUAAUGGGAUACAUCAACAGGCUGCAGAACUUCGACGGCAAGGCAAUUGCCCAGGUGGCUCUGGAGAAUGGUCUAAGGGAGGAAGCACUGACGAUCUACAGGAAAUUUGGGUUGUUGGCAGAGGCAGCAGACACUCUACUAGAGGCUGCCGCAGAAGGGGGCGAGCAGGAGUUGGAAAGAGCACAGGAAUUCGCGCAGCGUUGUGGCAAUGCUGAGGUUUGGCGCAAGCUCGGAAGGGCGCAGCUGCGCCAGGGGCGUGUAGUUGAGGCUGUAGACUCUUUAAUUAAGGCGAACGACGGCGACGUCUUUAGAGAAGUUGUGGAGAAGGCCACCGAACAGCAGGCUUUCGAAGCUUUGGCGGACUACCUUCUCAUGGCUCGCAAGAGUAUUUCCGUUAAGGACCAAACACUGGACUCUGAGCUCCUAUACUCCUAUGCAAUGACGGAAAGGCUUGAAGACUUGGAAAUGUUCCUGAAUGGGCCAAACACGGCUAAUGUGCAGGCCAUAGGGGACAGACUGUUCGAGCAGCGAAAUUUCCAGGCUGCCAAAAUUCUGUACCAGAGCCUACCAAAUUAUAGCAAGCUGGCGAGCUGCUUCGUGAGGAUGAGGGACUUUGGGGCUGCCGUUGAUGCCGCAAGAAAGGCGAAAAACCCCAAGACGUGGAAGGAAGUGGCCUUUGGAGCUCUGGAUGAAGGGGACAUAAAGUGUGCGCACACGGCUGGUCUGCAACUGAUUGCCCACCCUGACCUCCUUGAUGCAUUAGUGGAAGAGUACGAGAGAUGGGGCCUUCACAAGGAACUGAUGGAGCUUCUGGAAAUAGGCGCCCAGGGAGAGCGGACUCACGUGGGUCUCUUCACUGAGUUAGGAGUACUGUAUGCUACUUACGACAGCACUAAGCUAAUGGAUCAUUGUAGGCAGCACAAGGGACGGAUGAAUAUUCCAAGACUUAUUCGAACUUGCGAGAAAUGUUGCCUAUGGAAAGAAGCAGUCUACCUACAUACCAUCUACGAUGAGUACGAGCAAGCGGCCAACUGCAUGAUACUUCACCCUACGGCCUGGCAGCAUGACCAGUUCAUUCAGGUCAUCCAAAAAGUCUCCAAUGUAGAGUUGCUGUACCACGCAAUUUCUUUCUACUUGGAGGAGCAUCCGCUACAGCUCUGUGCACUGCUCAAGGGGAUGGACAGGAAAGUAGAUCAUUCACGGGUUGUGCAGCAGCUCCGCAAGGCGGGGCAUUUGCCAUUGAUAGAAAAAUAUUUACAAGAGCAGCUGCCACUAAACGUUGCAGCGGUUAACGAAGCCAUGCUCGAGCUACUUGUGGCUGCACAAGACGAAGAACGCAUACGAGAGCUCAUCUUCGAGUGUGACAACUUUGAUCAGCUGGGUCUAGCGAAACAGCUUGAGUCUCACAGAGAACUUGGCAUGCGCAGGAUUGCAGCGCUUUUGUACCAGAAAAACAGAAAGUAUUCUCUGGCAAUCGAAUUGUCCAAGAAAGAUGCGCAGCUCCAGGACUGCAUAGAUACAGCAAAGGAGUCAGGCAGCGCCCAGCUAGUUGAAGACUUGCUGAAGUACGCCAAAUUUUGCGUUCAUCCUCCGCGUCGUGCUAACUCGAAACGCCAGUACUUCGGGUAUUUCCUGACAGAGUCGAAAGAUCCUGAAGCGUUCGCAGCUUGCCUACACAGUUGCUGCGACCUUGUGAAGCCAGAUGUGGCAUUGGAGCUCGCCUGGCGCCACAAAGUUGUGGAUUUCAUUAUGCCUUACCUCAUACAUGUUGUGCGAGAUGUCACUACACGACUAGAUCAGCUGGACAAGCAGCAACAGCAGCAACAGCAGUUGCAGCAAAGCGCCCCCAAUGAUUAUGUUCCCGACUACAGCAUGCAGCCCAUGACAAUGCUACCGGGAAUGGGAGGGUUGGCUUUGAUGCCUCCUUCGUCAAACUGUACACCGCCGCAUCAGACUUUUGGAGGUACAAAUGCUGCAUCAGCAAGUGGUAUGCAGUGUAUCGGCGAACGCACGAUGCUUCCUUCUCUGUAG